AUGACGAACGGCCGAUUCGACAUUCUCCUUCAUGCGCUCUCCCCAUGCUUCGUGCCUGCUACCUCCCGCGACAGCAGCCUCGUCAAAGUCACCACCAUCCCGCUCCGCCCCAAUUCGCUCCUCCGCGUGGGGCGGUCGCGGUCACAAUGUGACGUCAUCUUUCUAGACUCCCGCGUCAGCCGCAUUCAGUGCGGCUUCUUCUGGUGUGCGCAGACGGGCAAACUGUUUCUCGUGGACGGAACCAGCCAAUCAGAUGCCGCGAUAGCCAACCAAACAAAUGCCGCAAUUAGCAGCCAACCAGGACUCGCGGACGCCAUCCAAUCAGGAGCCGCGGAAGCGAGCCAAUUAGGAGCCGCGGAAGCCAGCCAAUCAGGAGCCAUGCAUGCUUACAGUCAACCCGACUCCCUAGGAAUGCAGACGCAGCCCGACAUCGAUUUUAGCUGCUACCCUGACAUGUCUCAUGAGCUCGAGGACACUAUUCAUGCGAACCACCCACCGCCGCGCCGCGGCGAGUCGCCACACGCCGUGGAGUCGCGUGCAGGUGCGCAAGAGCCAAUCGCGUUCUCCAAUCACGGGAGCCAGUUUCGGUCGUAUCCCGAGCCGCAGUUAGCGAAGGCAGCAGCGAGGAAGCAGCUAGAAGUCGAGGACGGACUAGUAGACCCCGUUGCGGACGAAUCCGCGCAGUUGCCGCUCAAGCGACGUCGACUGGCAGGCCUCUCGCGCUCCGUGAAUCCCCAGCCGCCGCUGCCAAUCCCGCACCAACGGUUCCGCGGCCAUCCUCACCACUUGCCCGCUUCUCUCACCGAUCGAUCCAGUAAAGGAGGAUUCUCAGUUGCAGCUGCCGAGCCCGUGGCGGCGGAUCUCGCGGCUUCUCAAGAGUCGGCCGCCGCACUGAGGUCCCCGCCGGUUACUAAGUCUCUUGGUCGAAGUCGAAGCGCAGGGGCUUGUCCGGAAUUCCUCGCGUUUCCGGGAGCGCAAUCAUGGUGUGUGAACGGCGCUUCGUUACAACCGCUGGCGCCAUCCUCGAUAGUAGCACGCUCGAUGAACGGAACGUACGUCAACGGCAGGCUCGUGGACGCGAGUCGUCCCGUGGCUUUAACGAGCGGUAGCGAGGUGUCGUUCGUCGUUCCUGUAUCGAAGGGGCGGCUCGCGGACGCAGGGUUCGGCCACCCGCUGGGCUUUCGAGUUGUGAUUGAAGAAACGGGUGACAGAAGCAGUGAUGGGAUAAGCGGGGAUAAGGGCCGCGACAAGGGGACGCCCUUUUCUGGCGUCCCACGACAGCCUUCGAUACUGUCACACGGUCGCAAGUGCGCUCUUUCCGCGAAGCUACAGCGAUCUAAGAGCCAGCCCGAAGCUCGACAGAGAAAUCAAGCGGCCGCUACUGGGCAAAUGAAUGGCGACAGUGUAGUAUGUGUGACAUUAGCGAGCGCGCGUACGCCGCGCUCACGCGACGGAUUCGCUUUAGUAGCACGCGAUAUUGUUAUUGAAGAGAGUCGGCAAAAAGCAGACGAACUGGAGCGGCAGACGGAGGAGGCAAGGGAGGAGCAUGGUACGCAGGUGAAUGCUGAAGCCCACGUGGCGUUUGGUUCGGCUCCGAAAGCACUGCGAGGUGGAGAGACAGCGAUACAGGAGGAUGGGGGUGACAGAGGGGAGGAUGGGAAGACGAAGCGGGCGGAUGGAGAGGCGACUGGGGAUGGAGAAACGAGGGAAGAGGUUGGAGAGGCGAGGGGGGCGGAUGGAGAGGCGAGGGUGUCGGAUGGAGAGGCGAGGGGGGCGGAUGGAGAGGCGAGGGUUGAGGAUGGAGGGGCGACUGGGAAGGAUGGCGGGGCGAGGGGGAAAGAUCGAGGGGCGCGAGAGGGCGAUGGAGGGGCGAGAGAGGGGGACGAAGGGAUGGGGGAGGAGCAGAGCGGCAGUGAUGAGACACCUGAGGAAGAGCUAUUACCCAAGUCGCAGCCCGCACCCCAGCACACACACGUGCACGAGGGGAUUUCUGAGGCGCCUGAAAAAUCACACGAGGAAGAACUGCUGCCCGAUUCGCAGCCCGCACCCCAGCGCACGCGCGUGCUCGAAGGGCAACGCAAGCCCGCCGCAAUAGACCCGCAGGGUUGCGCGGAGGAAGCGCUUUUGCCCAAGUCGCAGCCCGCACCCCAGCACACGCGCGUGCGCGAGGAGCGAAGCGAGCCCGCGGCAAUGGACGCGCAGGGUUGCGGGGAGGAAGUGGGAAGGGGAAGGGUGGCGUCAGGGUUGGGAUUGAACAGGAACGAUGCAAUUGUGCUGCUGAGUGAGCGCGAUGACGAGCGGGAGGGGGAGGCGGGUGGUGAGGAAGGUGAUUGGGGUGGUGGAGCGAAGGAGGAGUGCCGCAGUUUAAGCCAUGGACGGAGGCAGGAUGGAAGGGAUGAGAGAAGUGGUGGCGCGGAGAAGAGCAGUGGCGACAGGGAUGGGAGUCGGGAGGUUUUAGAGUGGCCGCUCUCAUCCGCGGCCAUAGUCGAGUGUGUUGCGCCCAAGGAGAUAAUGCUGGACUGCAGCAAAGAAAAUGGGUUGAUGGGCGAAACGGGGGGCAUUCAUGGGGCAGAAGCAAUGCGAGGCGGUGACGCGGUUGUUGCAAGGGCGGGUGGAGCAGUGGAAGAGAUGCAAGUGGCGAAUUCUGUUGUGGGAGGGGCGAAUGGGGUUGCAGGAUCAGUGCGGAAGGAGGGAGUGCGAACAGCAGUGAGAAGACGACUUGCAACGGAGGUAGUUUUGGAGGCACCGAGACAAUCAAUGGAGGAGAGGGGAGUGCGAGCGGAGCAAAGAAUGCAGGUGGCAGGGGGAGCAUCAGCAUGCAUCACGGUAAGAACUUGCGGUGGUGCAGGAGAUUGUGCAGUGAAAGGAGCAUUGGUUAAGGCAGGCCAUCCGGUAAGAGAGGAGAUAGAGGCGGUUGUUCCAGCGGAUGAAUCAGCAUCAGCAUCAGCAUUAGAAGCAACAGCGAGUGAGACAGCCGCAGCCGAGAGCACAGGCACAGCAGCAGCAGUGGCGGUGCAGGGGGUGGGUGCAGCAGUGGUCUUCUGCAACGUGCAGAAGAGUGGCGAGCGAUUGGAAGCAGUGACAGGCGGAUUUCCUGAACCCCAGUCUGGUGCUCUCCUGUCUUCACGCCUGGUUGAGACACCAGCGCCAGAAUCCGUAGCAGGAGCCGCAAGCGCAGAAGUAGGUGCCGUGGAUAUAGCUGCAGUAGCAACAGGCUUAGGUGAUUACACAGGCACAGCAGCAGCAAUGGAGGUGCAGGGAAUGGGUGCAGUAACGGACUUGUGUAACUGGCAGAAGAGUGACCAUUGCUGCGAACUGGUGACAGCAGGGUCUUCAGAACCUCGCACUGGUGCUCAGCUGUCUGCACGCCUGGUUGUGGCACCAGCGCCAGAACCCGUAGCAGGAGCAGCAAGCACAGAAGCAGGUGCUGCGGAAAUCAAUGAAGGGUUAGCCGAUUCAGGGGGAGUAAGGCAAGAAACCAAGGGACAGGGAGUGUCAGACGCAGAGGUAGGAGGAAGGGCAAGUGGCAAUGGAGGGGCGCGUGAGGGGCCAGUGGAUCGUUCGGAAGGCAGGGGGAUGGGAAGGCCGCUGAGUGGCAUGGGGCCGGGUCACAUGCAUGGGUUUGCGUUGAACCGCCUGCGCUUCCAUGGCGUGUGGGAGGAUGCUGGGGCUAGGACGGCGGACAGAUACGGGGACGGGAAGGGCGGCAGGGCAUCAGCAGCAACAGCAGCAGCAGCAGCAGCAGCAGCAGCAGCAGCAGCAGCAGCAGCAGCAGCAGCAGCAGCAGCAGCAGCAGCAGCAGCAGCAGCAGCAGCAGCAGCAGCAGCAGCAGCAGCAGCAGCAGCAGCAGCAGCAGCAGCAGCAGCAGCAGCAGCAGCAGCAGCAGCAGCAGCAGCAGCAGCAGCAGCAGCAGCAGCAGCAGCAGCAGCAGCAGCAGCAGCAGCAGCAGCAGCAGCAGCAGCAGCAGCAGCAGCAGCAGCAGCAGCAGCAGCAGCAGCAGCAGCAGCAGCAGCAGCAGCAGCAGCAGCAGCAGCAGCAGCAGCAGCAGCAGCAGCAGCAGCAGCAGCAGCAGCAGCAGCAGCAGCAGCAGCAGCAGCAGCAGCAGCAGCAGCAGCAGCAGCAGCAGCAGCAGCAGCAGCAGCAGCAGCAGCAGCAGCAGCAGCAGCAGCAGCAGCAGCAGCAGCAGCAACAGCAGCAGCAGCAGCAGCAGCAGCAGCAGGUGAAGCCGCCAGUGCAGCUGCCAUUCGACUCAAAACUCAAAGGGAGGUGCCACUACACGACCUCUUCUUCCCCAUGCAUGCACACACCGCACUCGGGCUCCCCAUGACCAUAGCGGUGCACGACAAGCACCAGUGCUGGGACCCCAGCCCCACCGUGCGUCUGCUCUGCCCCCGCCCCACCGGCUACCCCAACCUCAAACUCCUGUCAGUGCUGCCUGCUAUGCCGCCACCUGCUAUGCCGCCACCUGCUAUGCCGCCACCUGCUAUGCCGCCACCCACCUGCUAUGCCGCCACCCACCUGCUAUGCCACCACCCACCUGCUAUGCCGCCACCUGCUACCGCCGCUGCUGCUGGUUUUAAGCGUUGUUCUCACUCUCAGUAUCCACUGUUCCCGGACGCGUGUCGGUUUGGGCGGGAGAAGAAGGCAGCAGGGAUAGGGUGCCACCAUCCCAAGCUCUUUCUGCUCUUCCGCGCCCACUCUCUGCGAGUGGUCGUCAGCUCUGCCAACCUGAAUGAACGCCAGCCCCCCACACACCGUCUUAGUGCCUCCUCCUUGACCGUUCACCUGCAACCCUCCUGUCUCUGUCUCUUGUCUACGUCCCUCCACCCCACUCCCCCCCCACCCUCCACCAGUGGCACCUCAUAUCCAACUCCGUCUGAGCUGGCUUCUUUCAUUGCACCGCUUGUGGCCCACAGCCCCUCCGAGGCCCACUGGGUGCUCUCUCUCGCCUCCUUUGACUUCUCCCGAGCCUCCGCCGUGCUUGUAGCCUCGGUGCCGGGCGUGCACCGCCGGCCUGUUGCCUUGCCAGACGUGUGCCGAGCCCCUGUGGGUGGAGCUGGGGGGAAUAUCGCUGGGAAGGCGACGAGGGAGUGUGGGAAGGCGACGGGGAGGGGGAGGCGAAGAGAAGAAGCAGCCGCAGCAGCAGAAGCAGAAGCAACGCGGGCGACUCUGCUGGGCUGUGUACACACCCAGGUAGUGGGGGUGAAGCCUCGGUUCGGGCCGAGAGGGGAUCCCCAUGGCACGCACUUCAAAUGCCUCAUGGCUGCUCUGUGCGGGGAGGGCAGGGCGGGGCGCGCGAGGGGCGAGAGACGUGUGGUGCUAAGGCGUGCUCUGGGGCUGGCUGCUGAUGGCAAUGCUGUAGCUGUGAUGCUGGUGGGGCAGCGCACAGAGGGAGGGGGUGGGGGGAGGGUGCGAGGUGGUGAAAGGGGGGUUGGGAAGCGGGAAGGGAAGGCACGGUUGACAGGCGACGGGCAGGCUAAGAGAAUGAAAGCCGGAGGCGCGGAAGUGAGCAGGAUCGGGUUGGAAAAGGAAAUGCAGAAACAGGGUCAUAAAGGGGCGCAGGAGCAGGGGCGGGAGGGGGGCGAGGAGGAUCAGGAGGAUGAGGAGGAGCGAGAGGAGGAGGAGGAGGAGGAGGAGGAGGAGGAGGAGGAGGAGGAGGAGGAGGAGGAGGAGGAGGAGGAGGAGGAGGAGGAGGAGGAGGAGGAGGAGGAGGAGGAGGAGGAGUUGGUGCAGGUGGGGUAUCUACCCCGCGGUGUGGCGCGGUGGGUGGCGCCUGUGAUGGACGCGGGUGUGUGUGCGGUGGAGGGGCGGGUAGCAGCAGAGGACGUGCAUGCUGCUGCCUCUGGCCGCUUGGACUGGCUUGUUCCCAUCCGCCUGCUGCUCUGGCAGGUGCGACCGGUGGAAUGGGGGUCGUGUGGGUCGUGUGGUCUAUGGGUGGGUGCUUCAUCCGUGCUGCAUGCACUCAUGCACCCGUUGUGGGUUACUGCAGCCACCCGAGUGCGAGAGAGAGAGUCGAGAGCGGGCCCUACCUUUCCCGCCCCUCACUCCAGCCGUCCACUUGUACGCAGCAGUGUGGGGGGGGCGAGAGGGGAGGCGGGAAAGGAGGGGCGUGAGUGGGUCGGGGACAAGCUGGGCGUUUCAGGGACUCGGGAGGAGUGCAGUGGAGUGGAGCGUGGUGGGGCGGAGUCAAGUGAGCACGCGCCAUGGGUGGGCGAUGGCGCCUUGCAGUGUGCUGUGGUGCGGCUGCUGGGGGCGCUGGAGCGACCCCGAGGCCUGUGGAGGCUGCAGGAGGUUCUCUCGCGUGUCAAGUGGCCAAGCACCCCUCAUUCAGAAUUUCUCUAUGCCUCACCAUCAGUGUGUUUCGGGUUUAGGGUUAGUGGACCCUCAUCGUCAGUGGGCGGGUCAGUGGACGUCAAGUUCGUGGCGGCGUUUGCAGCAGCGGCGGGCAGGAGAGUGGGCACGGGGUGGACGGAGAGCAGCAGCCAGGGCGACGGGGGCGAGGGGGAAGAGCGGCAGUCGUGCAGCAGCAGCAGCCAGGAGUCGGACCCUGGGUUGUUAUGCCCACCCACCCCUUCUCUCACCCUCAUCUGUCCUGUCCCUUCCUGCCAUCUCCUUGCCAUCCCAUUGCCAUCUCCGUGCCUCCCAUCCCUUCCCCUCCUUCCGUUCCCGCUCUCCCAUCUCCACCUCCCCCUUCUCUCUAUUUCCCUUCCCCUUCCACUCCCACAACCCUCAACCUUCCUCUCCCCUCCACUUCUCUUCCUCCCCUCCCCCCCUGCUCGUCUCUUCCUCACCCCACUCCCCUUCAGCCUUCCAUGCCCUCUCACACCUCUCCUCUUCACUCUCCUCCCUGCCAUCCCACAGUGGAACGGCUGGGACGUGCAGAGGGAGGCAGCGUCGCCAUCCCUGGGGCUGGUGUACCCCACCAUGGCCACGGCUCUUGCUGCACGCGAGGGCCCUCAGGGCAGCCUCGGAGUGCUCUGCUUCUCCGAUAGGGCAUCGGAGCGGUUGUUGCAAGCAGUGACGCUGCAUGACUGUGUGCCUCCACUAGCAUCAGUGCACCGAGCCGACAGGUGUACAGCGGCUCGCACACCUUUACACCUCCCCUCCCUUCCUCCCCAACCUACUCCUUUCCGCCCCUCCACAUGCCAGGUUGCCAUUCGCAGGUUCAACCCCGGCCCACCUCCCUACACCACCAUACCCUCACCCACACCAGGCCCCACGACCGGGUGGGUGUACAGCGGGUCGCACAACUUCAGCCCGGCGGCGUGGGGGCGGCCA